UUAGGGCUUCUUCAGAGAGAAGUCAAACGAUGAGUAGCUAAUUCCUUCGUCUUAUCCACGCGGGCAAUUCGAUUGCGGUGAAUGCACUCAACUGGCAGCACCAGCAACAGUAGGAAAGCGAUGGAUGGAAGAAUGGAAGGAAACCAAAUUAAGAACACUUCGUACAACUGCUCUAGGUUCGAUGGAGUGAGAAUUGCGGAGUUAGAGAGGACGCCGCCGGAGCUGUGGUGGCGCUCUGUAGAUCUUCUUCCUCGAUCGAUCAAUUUCAAUCGUGACCCCAACCAAUCCCCACUUAUUACCCAACCAUAUGUUGGUACACGCGCAUGGUGGUUGCUUCUUGUUUCCCUUUCUUAUUGCCUGUGGUCUUCCUUGGAAAUGGAGGCGCCUUGGAUUUCUGCUCUUUGAUCUCUUGUAGUUAUGGCAUAGUUUGCUUUGCUGCGGACAAAUUAUUGGAUGUGUUGGGAAGGAAGGACAGUGAAGGUGUUUGAUGGGCAAUACAUGCCGCGGAUCAGUCGGAGGCAAACCUUUCCAGGGCUACGCCGAGCCCCAUGAGCAAUCCGGCUCGAAGCACAGGGCAUCAUCCACCCAUUCCAGCUCAAAUUCUUCUGAUAUAUUUUCCCCCAACAGCCUGAUCUCAGGUCAAGAGUUUUCGAGGGAUUCGCAGCCAAACAAGGACAAGGAUCAACUUUUGGCGAAGAAAGAUAGCAUCAUGAACAGGAGCACCACUAACCAAGCUUAUUUUGUGUUGGGUCAUAAAACUGCUAAUAUCAGAGAUCUUUACACACUUGGCCGGAAAUUAGGGCAGGGGCAAUUCGGGACGACUUACCUGUGCACAGAAAUCGCCACAGGCAUUGAUUAUGCUUGUAAAUCUAUUUCGAAGAGGAUGUUGAUUUCAAAAGAGGAUGUUGAGGAUGUCAGGAGGGAGAUUCAGAUAAUGCACCAUUUGGCCGGUCACAAGAAUAUAGUCACCAUUAAGGGAGCUUACGAGGAUAAUCUGUAUGUUCACAUUGUCAUGGAGCUUUGCAAUGGAGGCGAAUUGUUUGAUCGAAUUAUACAGAGGGGGCACUAUAGUGAGCGAAAGGCAGCAGAGCUGACUAAGAUCAUUGUAGGAGUUGUUGAGGCAUGCCAUUCACUUGGAGUUAUGCAUAGAGACCUUAAACCCGAGAAUUUCCUUUUAGUUGAUAAAGAUAAUGAUUUCUCACUAAAAGCUAUAGAUUUCGGACUCUCUGUUUUCUUCAAGCCAGGUCAGAUCUUCACGGAUGUGGUUGGAAGCCCGUACUAUGUGGCGCCUGAGGUUCUUUUGAAACAUUAUGGCCCAAAGGCUGAUGUAUGGACAGCAGGGGUCAUUCUGUACAUAUUGUUGAGCGGCGUUCCUCCGUUUUGGGCAGAAACUCAGCAGGGAAUAUUUGAUGCUGUUUUAAAAGGACACAUUGAUUUUGAUUCUGACCCAUGGCCGCUGAUAUCAGAAAGUGCCAAGGAUCUCAUUCGAAAGAGCUUAUGUAUGCAGCCUUCGGAGCGGCUAACUGCACAUGAAGUACUAUGUCAUCCUUGGAUAUGUGAAAAUGGUGUGGCACCUGACAGAGCUCUCGAUCCAGCUGUGCUCUCCCGUCUCAAACAAUUCUCUGCAAUGAAUAAAUUGAAGAAAAUGGCUUUAAGGUUUAUAGCUGAAAGCUUGUCGGAAGAGGAGAUUGCGGGCUUGAGAGAGAUGUUUCAGGCCAUGGAUACUGACAACAGCGGAGCGAUCACAUUUGAUGAGCUUAAAGCCGGUUUACGAAAAUAUGGCUCCACGUUAAAGGAUACAGAAAUACGCGAUCUUAUGGAUGCGGCUGAUGUAGACAACAGUGGAACUAUCGACUACGGAGAAUUUAUAGCAGCAACGAUCCAUUUGAAUAAACUCGAACGCGAGGAACAUCUUUUGGCGGCUUUUCAUUAUUUUGACAAGGAUGGCAGUGGUUACAUUACAGUUGAUGAACUUCAACAGGCUUGUGCUGAACAUGGCAUGACAGAUGUUUUGAUUGAAGACAUUAUCAAAGAAGUUGAUCAGGAUAAUGAUGGAAGAAUCGAUUAUGGCGAAUUCGCCGCCAUGAUGACGAAAGGCAAUCCGGGCAUUGGAAGACGAACAAUGCGAAAGAGCUUGAAAAUCAGCAUGAGAGAUGCUCCUCCGGAAGCGCUCUAGAUUUCCGACUUUAUGUUAACAGAUUAUAUACACUAUACACUGGAGAUGAUGCUGUGGCUAAAAGCAAAGAAACUUCAUGUAUUGGCAGUGGUACGGCGAUCAAAACCUGGUUCUGAGUUAUUUGAGCUAUGUUACAGUAUAACUUGUGUAUUCCAAAACUUACCUGCAAUGUUGUAUUGCAUAUAAUAACAAAUUCAACAGUUCGCUAGCUUAGAUCAGUUAUUCUUCUUCCACACUUGUCGAUCUUAGAAACGGUGCAUGUGAUUAUCUUCCUGCAUCUAUGGCUACCUUUUUUCAUUUUCGCAA